UUGAUUCAAGAAAAUUGUUGUUUUGAGUGUUAAUUUUGACUCAAGGAAUAUUGAUGCUUUCUGCAGAAAUGACUAUACGGGAUCAAAGUGAGUCGGACACAAUCCUUCCCAGAAGGAAUAGCAUUUCAGUUGAUGUUGGAGCUCCUUCACCGAGGACCAUCCAGCUGGAAGAGCAAGUUAUUCUUGCAGAUGAAUAUGCUCCUAAGGUAAGAAAACCAUACACCAUAUCAAAGCAAAGAGAGAGGUGGUCAGAGGAAGAGCAUAGAAAGUUCCUUGAAGCUUUAAAGCUUCAUGGUAGGGCAUGGCGACGUAUAGAAGAGCAUGUGGGCACCAAAACUGCAGUUCAGAUCAGAAGCCAUGCUCAGAAGUUUUUCUCAAAGGUUGUUCGUGAAUCGAAUAGUGGUGAUGUAAGCUCCGUGGAAUCCAUUGAGAUCCCUCCUCCUCGGCCUAAAAGAAAGCCAAUGCACCCUUAUCCACGUAAAAUGGCUACUCAAGUUAAAAAUGGAACCCUAGCUCCAGAGAAAUCGAAGAGGUCUACUUCACCUGAUCUGUGUCUCUCCGAGCAAGAGAAUCAGUCGCCUACCUCUGUGUUGUCUGCCCGUGGUUCAGAUGCAUUUGGCACGGUAGAUUCCAGUAAGCCAAGUGAUAGCUCUUCACCUGUUUCAUCAGCUGUUGCUGAGAAUUCUGGUGAUCUUAUACUUUCUGAACCAUCCGACUUCAUGCUAGAGGAGAGAAGAUCUUCACCUGCCCGAGCUUAUGCUAGUUCAAAUCCAGACAAUCAGGCUUGCGUGAAACCAGAGUUGUUCCCGGAAGACAAUGAUUUUGUGAAAGAAGGCUCGGAUGAGGGAUCAUCCACUCAGUGUCUGAAGCUAUUUGGUAAAACUGUAUUAGUCAGUGAUUCUUAUAUGCCUUCUUCAACUUCUGGCCAACUAUCAUUGACAGAUGAGAAUGAUGAACCAGCAUCGCGGAUGUCACCUCGGAGCUCCUUAAAUACGAAAUCUUUGCCCUGGGAUUCAGAAUGUCCCCGAAGUACCUUAACCAUUGGACCCCCUACACCAACAUAUUGCGCAAGGCCUAACCAAAGUGUGUCUUCACCUCUUUUACCGUGGGGAUCAUCUUAUGUAUCUGCUGCAUUUGCUUGCACUCAGGUGCAUAAUCCAAUUCCAAUGAAGGGACGUCCACUCUUUAACGACAAAGAUUUGGAAGAUAAGGAAACUCAAAAGGAAGGGUCUUCCACUGGCUCCAACGCCGAAUCAGUAGAGAAUUUGGAAAUUGAAGCUCAGAGUAGUCGAAAUCUGGUAGAAGAAUCUGUUAGAGCCACUGUCCCCUCUUUGUUUGAGCGAAGAGCAAAUUCCAAGAAGCGUGUGAAGGGUUUUCUUCCUUAUAAGAGAUGCUUAGCUGAAAGAGGCAUCAGUUCCUCAACAUCAACCGGAGAAGAAAGAGAAGAACAACGAACUCGAUUAUGCUUGUAGUUACUUUCUCGUGCUUGCUUAGUUUGUUUGUAAAGGUUAUUAGCACAUCCCUUUUUGUUCUGAUUAUUAAUGUCAGUUGCCGGAUAACUGGAUGAAGAGAAGCAACACCAUGGCAGCAAAGGCGGCUCAUCCCUCUAGCUUUUGCAGAAUGGGCAGAAGCAGUCUUCCUAAUUUUUUCCGCCUCAAUUGUUCAAAU